CCUUACUCUGAUUCUGAUUUGUAUUUCAAGAGUCCCCAUCUGUUCAAAAAUGACAGAUACGCUGAAUGCCCUCACCCUACAGAGCGACCCUUACAUAUGUCUCUACGCCUACGUCAUAUACUUGUCUCUACCUCCCAUUCCGAAGCCCGUGGCUUUCUCGAUUCUCAAGCACGGAUCUUUAUUGGUUCUGUGCCCAAACGGCUGGGGCUGCACAGCCGUUGAGAUUCGUCACGGUCAGCCGAACCGCCAUGACUGGACCUGGCCACGCCGAGAACGGCAUGAUGUCUUGUAUGCUCGGGCUGCUACAAGUAGGUAGGCAUCUUAUAAAUGAAGAUAGAUCUAGUCCAUCCUACUGCUUCUCAACAUCUGUGCCUCAGGAUGAAGGGGCUUGAUCUUCGAGCACCCCUGCUCACCAACUGAGGAGUCGUGCCGGGGCUGAGAGUGCCUGUCAGUGCGCUGUGGGGGUGCCCCAAGCCAAAGCCCAGCAUCCCCAGUCCCUGGACCCCACUAAGCAAACAUCCAUCCAUGAUUGCUUCGCGUCAUCCUGUGCCAUCUUCAAUCAUUCCCUCCAACAAAACACCAUAAAGAUCCUACACCACAGGCAAUAGAUCCCGGUAUAUCAGGUCUCGUCUUGAAGCUUGCGCAAACCGAGAGUGAACAUGUCCCUCAUCCAGCUGUCGAGGCUGAUAGACCUCCCCGAGCCAGACCUCCAGCAAGUCCUUGACUAUGCCCUCACGCUUUCCAAACAAGAGGCGGCCGAGCACUUCAAGAACCUCCUCGGCGACGCACCCCAGGCCAUUGAGUUUAUAUCCGCCUUCAACGGUCGACGAAAAGACCCAACAGUCGUGGCACCCAGCCAACCGCAAGUCACAGCUCGACCUGGCGAGACUGAUGCAGUCCUGAAGCCCCAAAGGGGCCAGAAGAAGAAGAAAGCAGCACUGCAUACUCCUGCACCGCGCCAAGUCGCCAAUACCGGUAUCGGCCCGGGUACGUCGUACAGCAAGAAGGAUUUCGAGGACGAUUACAUCUCGAGUAGAUCUGGCGCAUCGACCCCGGCCCAGCGACCCGGUUCGGCGAAGCCCUCUCCCAAAGCAUCUGCUGUAGCACCGCCUCCAAAGCCGCCCCCGUCCGCCUCGGGCUCCCUAGUCUCGGACCUGCUCCCCGUGCCCAAGCGCAAGUCGAAGUCCAACUCCAGCAGCCGAUCCUCCACACCUGCGCCGCAACCAAAGAACCAAAAUGCCACCACCAAGGUAGUCAUCACAGGCGGCACGCCAAUGCACGGGGCGUCAACGGCCAUCUCAGACCUCGAUGCGGCAAUACGGGCGCUUGAGAUCACUACAAACCCUACACUCGGCGGCGACGGUGACAACACCGCCCGCCGAUGUAACUGCGUUGCGGCGCGGCACCCGCUACAGACGGCGGCGCCCAAUUGUCUCAGCUGCGGCAAAGUAGUCUGCCUCAAGGAAGGGUUGGGCCCGUGCACAUUCUGCGGAGCCUCGCUGUUGUCGCCGGCCGAGGUGCAGGCCAUGAUCAAGGAGCUGAAGCUCGAGCGCGGUAAGGAGCGCAUGGCCGAGGACCGCCGAGCCAACAAGAGGGCCGACGUCACCACGACGGCGCGCCCCUUUUCUAAACCUCUGGGCACCAGAAACGAGGACAUAGGGUCUCGGCCGGGCGAGGACCCGGCCGUCGCGGCCGCGGAGGCGAAAGCAAGGGAGCACCGAGACAAGCUGCUGGCAUUUCAGGCGCAGAACGCCAAGCGGACCACGGUACGCGACGAGGCGAGCGACUUUGACGUCUCCAUGGUGGGCAGCAUGUGGGCGACGCCGGAGGACAGGGCGAGGGAGCUCAAGAAACAGCAGAAGCUCCUGCGCGAGAUGGAGUGGAACGCCCGGCCAGAAUAUGAGAAGCGGACUCAAGUGCUCAGUAUCGAUCUGGCCGGCGGCAAGGUCGUCAAGAAGAUGGUUGCCACUGAGAGGCCGCCGAGCCCCGACGACACGCCCGCAGUGCCAGACUACGCCGGCGCCGCGGCCUCUGGGGUCCUAGGAGAGCUAGAUGGGAAUAGGGUCGCGGGCGGCGGGGCCUUCAGCCGCAACCCGCUGCUCAAGGAUCUCAUCAAGCCGGUUUACGACGCAAAGGGGAAGGGUGUCGAGCUGGAGGGCAGGAAGGACAAGGCCACGCGCUGGAGGAGGGUUCAGGACGAUCUCAAUGACAACGAGAGCGUUAUUCUUGAUGGUGGCAUAUAUGGAGGCUCGCCGCAGGCACCAGACGCCAGCCGAGAGGAGCCGAACUGUGGUUGAGGUGAAGGACAGUCGAAAGCCUUGUAGCUGCCGGUUCAGCGUGUCAUAUGCUCUACUGCAAUUCUUUGGGCUCAAACUAUUAUGACACCCACAUGCGAGUGUCUAUCGAAGGUUCCAACAGACAGCUGCCCGUAUUCAGAUUUCGUCCAAGUGCCCAACAGGGCAGAUGGGGGAAGCCGCCAGAGAGUGACGGAAAUCGGCACGAGAUUUAUCCCGUGAUAUUCCUGCUGCCAGUCGACCGCGGUUCAGGGGUGCCUGAUCAGGAAAGUAGUAUCGAUCUACUCCCUUUUCCAGCAUACCGCUGAGGAGGUUGGGCUCAAGGAUUUCGGGCCGAGAUGCGUUGUGCGGCAGUUAUAAUUUAGCGUUGCUGACAUCACGUUUUCGGAUAUAAGCUGUGCCAUUCGCAGUUAAAAGGUGGUGGGCUGCCAAGAGUGGUCAAGUUUUAGCUUGAUAUUGGGUGUUCGGUCCUAGUCAUACAUACGUCCCAACCGCACCCGGUUUUAGCGGUGUUAAUGGGGGACAAGAUCCGACAGCAUGAUAUCGGAUGCCAUGGACGAAUACAGUGUGCUUGUGCAGAUGGAAACUGGAGCCCUCGACCCCGCACCCGCCCAGGCAUAUAAACCCCAUCCCUUCGACACUGCGGCACGACG